UGUACCGGUACAGCCAGCUAUCCAACGGUUGAGGUUCCAUGUUAAAAAAGGAUGGCUGAGAUUCAAUGACCUAAUGACCUCUUCAGCCAUUGUGAUUCAGCAUGUGAGUGGCAUGUGAGGAAAGAGAAAGGCAGGUUUGGAGGAGAAGAAGACGCGACCAGUCCGCUCCAUUCUGGUUUCCCAAAUCGAACACAACAUAGGGAACUAGAGGACUCUGUGAGACCCCAUUUCUGUCUACCUCUGUGAAUACUGAGUUUUCGGAGCAGUAGAGACUCGGGCUUUAGCCCUUUCAUCUGAAGUGAAGGGGGGCUUACAGAAGUCACAGCACCAGAGGAAACUGUACAUGAAGUCGAUCCAAUCCGUAGCGCCUCCAGGAGCUCUUCUCUGUGCUUGCCCAAAUUCAAUCCUUAGCAACUCCUGUCUGUGCUUGGGCAAAACGCAUCUGCAAGAAGGUAAUGGUAAUAGAAUUGAGGUCCUCAACUCUUCUCUCUAGUUGCCCGAAACUGAAAUGCAGAUACCAAAUUGAUGGUGGGUCCAACCUCCAUGAUGAAAUGGUCACCAAAUUGGAGGGAUUUAAGUAAUUUAGUAUGGGCUGUUGGCAUUGUGUGAUAUAUAAUUAAAAUUUUGCAGGGGAAUGGAUUUGUAAUAAUAAUGUGGUUGUAAAGAUUUUGAAGAUCCUUGGCUGUUAACGACGAAAUUUGAGGUGGUGGCAAAAGGAAGUGAAAGGAGGAGGCUUUGAAAGUAUGGAAACAUCAAGCAUGGAGAGGUCUGGUAAGAUGGACAGGGGUGGAGAGACAUCAAAGGGUGGUUAUAGUGAUUCAGGGUAUUUGGAUGGUUGUGAAAGGUCAAGUCACAGGGCACCGGCAACAGAGAGUGGGCAUAUGUCGGUCGAACAUAUGGUUAGUGAAAGUAGUGAUGAUAAUGGUGUUGACAUUAUUGCACCGAGGAAAGAAGAUGUUAUGGGGAAAGAGUUUAAAACGAUAAAAUUAGCGGAAGAAUAUUAUAUGAGUUAUGCGAAGGGCAUUGGAUUUAGCGGGAGAAAAAACAAAUUGGUUCGAAAUUCGGAAGGGAAAGUAUGUAGGAGACGGUGGUGUUGUUCUAAAGAAGGUUUGAGAAAUGAGAAGUUUAAUGAUCGAUCAAAUAGGAUGGUAGAUAUUUUAAUAAGCAUAGUUUUGUUUGUCUUUGCGCUAUACAUUAAUCAGCGUAGCGUUGUUAAGCUUUGUUCAGUUUGCACACAGGGGAUCAGUAUUUGCAUUGAACACAUGCAAUUGCAUGACGAUGAUGCAAUGCAAGUCCUUCUGUGCGCAAACCCCUAAUUGUUCAGAAAAAUGAAUCUUAUUCUUUUGUACAGGCAUAAUUACACCUGUUUUUUAAACUAUAAAUCGAAGGUCAAAAUUAACCGAAAUACAGAGCAUGAGAAACGAUAAGGGGCAAUAAGCCGAACAUAUUAUAUUACAAAGCGACCAAUUAUCGAAAUUACGUUGUAAUACACAUUGUCAUGUAGCACAUUUGACUUGAGGGUAGAUCCCGAAUUGUGUAAAACACAAUGUCAUUAACCCUAAUAUUGAAUAAUAGACAUAGGGUCAACUAAGUGUUUGCUUGGUUUUGUUUGUCUUUGCGCUAUACAUUAAUCAGCAUAACGUUGUUAAGCUUUGUUCAGUUUGCACACAGGGGGUCGGUAUUUGCAUUGAACACAUGCAAUUGCAUGACGAUGAUGCAAUGCAAGUCCUUCUGUGCGCAAACCCCUAAUUGUUCAGAAAAAUGAAUCUUAUUCUUUUGUACAGGCAUAAUUACACCUGUUUUUUAAACUAUAAAUCGAAGGUCGAAAUUAACCGAAAUACAGAGCAUGAGAAACGAUAAGGGGCAAUAAGCCGAACAUAUUAUAUUACAA